AUGGCUCUCCGAUUGUGUGUGAAACGGAUAUUUAAUGCAAAUAAUAAACGAUGCAUGUCACAUUACCCAAUAGAUGAACAUAUAUUUGGACUGAGCGAUGAACAAAAACAGCUAAGACAAGUGGUAUUUGACUUUGCACAAAAGGAAUUAGCACCUAAAGCGGCUGAGAUUGAUAAGGAAAACAAUUUCAAAGAGCUAAGAGAGUUCUGGAAAAAACUUGGCAGCCUCGGUUUACUUGGUAUAACUGCAAACCCUGAUUAUGGAGGAACAGGAGGAAAAUAUUCUGAUCAUUGUCUAAUUAUGGAAGAGUUAUCGAGAGCGAGCGGAGGGAUCGCGUUAUCAUACGGAGCACACUCCAAUCUGUGCGUCAACCAAAUAAACAGAAAUGGAACGCAUGAACAGAAGAGCAAAUAUUUACCCAAGUUAUGUUCAGGUGAACACAUGGGCGCGUUGGCUAUGUCUGAGCCAGGAGCCGGUAGUGACGUAGUAUCAAUGAAGUUGCGAGCGGAGAAAAAGGGCGAUUAUUAUGUUUUAAAUGGGAGCAAAUUUUGGAUAACGAAUGGACCUGAUGCUGAUGUCUUAGUGGUUUAUGCCAGAACAGAAUUAAACACGAAGCCACAACACGGAAUCACUGCGUUUAUAAUCGAGAAAGGCUUCCCUGGAUUCUCGACAGCGCAGAAAUUAGACAAAUUAGGAAUGAGAGGCUCCAACACAGGCGAAUUAGUUUUUGAAGAUUGUAAGGUUCCAGCUGUAAACGUUCUAGGCGAAGUGAAUAAAGGUGUCUAUGUUCUAAUGUCUGGUUUGGAUUUAGAAAGGUUAGUUCUUGCCGGUGGACCUGUGGGUCUUAUGCAAGCUGCUAUUGAUACUGCGUUCCAUUAUGCGCACACUAGAAAACAAUUUGGAAAGAAUAUAGGAGAAUUUCAGCUUCUACAGGGAAAGAUGGCCGAUAUGUACACAACGUUAAGUGCCACUCGAUGUUAUCUUUACAAUGUGGCUAAAGCCUGCGACGAAGGCCAUGUAAAUAGCAAGGACUGCGCCGGAGUUAUUUUAUACAGCGCUGAGAAGUCUACACAAAUAGCAUUAGACGCUAUACAGAUAUUAGGGGGUAAUGGUUAUAUUAAUGACUACCCCACUGGCAGAAUACUCAGAGAUGCAAAACUAUAUGAAAUUGGUGCUGGCACAUCUGAAAUUAGAAGAAUGCUUAUAGGACGAGCAUUGAACACCGAAUAUAAAUAA